AUGUUUCCAAGAUACAACCAAUCAACUGUUUCAGAAUUCAUCCUCUUGGGAUUCCAACUUCUCCACAGAUCCAGAAUAAUUCUCUUCUCUGCGCUCCUUGUGGUCUACUUGGUGACUUUAACUGGAAACCUUCUGAUAAUAAUCUUGGUUUCAUUUACUCAAUGUCUUCAUUCUCCGAUGUAUUUCUUCCUCAGUCACUUGUCAUUUUGUGAUAUCAUGCUUACUGCAACGAUUAUCCCCACUUUCUUACAUAUUACCUUAAAAAAUGGUAGCACCAUGACAGUAAGUCAAUGCAUUGUUCAGUUCAAUAUCUUUGGUGUGUCGUCAGCUACUGAAAGUCUUCUGCUCACCAUGAUGUCCUACGAUAGAUAUGUGGCUGUCUGUAAACCAUUGCAUUAUAUAACAAUAAUGAAUUUUCAAUUUUGUCUAAGUCUCGUGGUCUUGUCCUGGGUAUUGGGUUUUGCUAUUACAUUGAUUGUUACUAUUUUAAUAAGUUAUUUAACUUUCUGUAAUUCACAUUAUAUUGACCAUUUCUUCUGUGAUUAUGCUCCUCUCGUUCAGCUUUCAUGUUCUGAUGUUACAGUUGUACAGACGGUGGUAUUUACAUUCGGUAUUCCAGGAUUUGUCAUUGAACCUAUGGUAAUUAUUUCUACAUAUGUCUGUAUCUUUCUCGCUAUACAGAGAAUAUCUUCCACUAUUGGGAGACAGAAAGCCUUCUCCACAUGCAGUUCCCACCUGGCUAUUGUGUGCAUGUAUUAUGGGACUCUAACUGCUAUCUAUGCCAUUCCAGCAGGAGAACAUUCAUCUGGAAUGAAUAAGAUUGUGUCCCUUAUGUACACCAUUGUGACCCCUUUGCUGAAUCCCAUAAUUUACAGUCUCAGAAACCAAGAAAUCAAGACUGCCUUUAUAAAGUUAUUAGAAAUAAAGAGAUGUUAA